AGUACACUUUUGUUCGUUGGAUAUUAAAGAGUUUUUUCUAGGGAAACAUACUGAUAACCUGAAUUUCAUGGCGUAUAUAUUUGAAUCUAAGUCCAGGCCUUUACUGUUUUAAAAGAAUUAUAACUGACUGCAAUUUUUUUAAACGGAAAAACAAAUAUGGAGAAUAAAAGGGAUGUAACUAAAAAAGAUGUAACAACUUAUGGAUUUUCGGUAAAUAAGUUUGUGUUGUCAGUGCUUGGACAAUGGCCUUAUCAAACUAAAAUUCAAAAACUAAUUAUACGAAUAAUUGGAAAUACUAUCAUGUCACUAGCCAACCUUACAUCCCUUAUAGCUCUGUACGAUGUCAGGAAUGAUUUUGAUGCUGUCAUUGAACGUGUGCCCAUGUUUAUGACGGGUGUAUUUUACUUCAUUAAUUUUUUUACUCUAGUGUCUCAAUCAACAAAAUUGAAAACUCUAUUAGAUGAUAUUAAGAAUAGCUUUCGAGCAAUUAAAAGAAAUUCGGAAGAAGAAGAACAAAUUCUGAUUCAGUCCGCUAAGGAAGGAAACUUGGUCCUCUUUUGCUAUAUUUUCCUAAUGGCUUCAUUCACGGUUUUAUAUUGUUUGGCGACGUUGACACCAGUUGCCUUGGAUCUUAUUAUGCCACUAAACGAAUCACGAACAACAAAUUUUAUAUAUGAUGUGAAUUACGUUUUUCUCGAGAAAGAGGAUCAUUAUUACUUUAUUUUUUGCCACUCAACUAUCGCAGGAGUCUACUGUAUUGGUACUGUGAUGUCAUUCGAUAUGAUGCUAUACCUUUUUGCAAAACAUGUCAACGCAAUGUUUCGAGUUUUAAGACAUCGAUUGAAGAAUCUUGUGGAAAGAAGUGACAUCAAUCAAAAUUUUGCUAAAGAAGAUUAUAAAAGUAUGGAAAAAGGAACCAUAUCCUGCAUAAAGUUAUACAAUGAUAUAAUUGUAUUCACCAACAACGUCGAAUCAUGUUUCGCGACUUGUUUAACUUUCACAAUGGGAGUCUCAGCGGUGAUUAUGUGUUUUCAAGGAGUAAUGAUUGUCGUGAGAAUUGAUCAACCUGAUCAGGUCAUAAUGUUCGCGACGUAUUUUAUGUCUCAAGCUAUUCAUCUUUUCUUCGAUUGUUUCUCAGGAGAAAUGUUGGUGACUGCUAGUGGAUCUGUUUCGAAUUAUAUAUACAAUACAAAUUGGUACGUAAUGCCUCAGAAGCAAAAAAAGCUGUUGUUGAUGAUGAUGUUGAGGAGCAUAAAUGAUUGUCAUGUGACAAUUGGAAAAUUCCUAAUUUUAAAUAAUGAAACUUAUAGUAAACUGAUGAAGACCGUUUUCUCGUACCUGAGUGUUUUAAUGUCUGUACGCGAAUAAUAAAUUUUAUUCUAAUGGUAUUGUAAAUGUAUAAUAAUAUGGAUUUAGUAGAAAUGAGCAAAUACUUAUUUAUCUUAAUAAAUCAUUCUACCAAGA